CUGAAACUGAAUUUUCCUAUAAUAAAUUUCUGAAUUGAUUGUUAUAAUAAAAAAAAAAACAAUAAUACAGGGAUCUAGUUUUAAUUACAUACUUUUGUACAGAUAUACAUUAUCGCAAACUGUGUUGCUGACUGGCUGAAAUAAUUGAAAAGGCCUUUCAUUUAUACAAUCCGUAAUGCAGAAAUACGAAAAACUUGAGAAAAUUGGGGAAGGAACAUACGGAACCGUAUUUAAAGCAAAAAAUAAAGAAACUCACGAAAUAGUAGCAUUAAAACGUGUGAGGUUAGACGACGAUGAUGAAGGUGUUCCGUCAUCUGCCCUACGCGAAAUAUGCCUUCUCAAAGAACUUAAACACAAGAAUAUUGUUCGUCUUUACGACGUUUUGCAUAGUGAAAAGAAGUUGACUUUAGUAUUUGAGCAUUGUGAUCAAGACUUAAAAAAAUAUUUUGAUAGUCUUAAUGGGGAAAUCGAUCUAGAUGUGGUAAAGUCUUUUAUGUAUCAAUUACUUAGAGGCUUAGCAUUUUGUCACAGUCAUAACGUUUUGCACCGUGAUUUGAAGCCACAGAAUCUCUUGAUUAAUAAAAAUGGUGAGCUUAAGUUAGCCGACUUUGGCUUAGCAAGAGCUUUUGGUAUUCCUGUUAAAUGUUACUCGGCAGAAGUGGUCACUUUGUGGUAUAGACCACCAGAUGUGUUGUUUGGAGCUAAGCUAUAUACCACAAGUAUUGAUAUGUGGUCAGCAGGAUGUAUUUUUGCCGAGCUGGCAAAUUCUGGCCGACCAUUGUUCCCUGGAUCUGAUGUUGAUGAUCAGCUUAAAAGGAUUUUUAAAUUACUUGGAACACCAAAUGAAGAUACAUGGCCGGGUGUGACACAGUUGCCAGAUUACAAGCCUUUACCAGUUUACCAGCCUAGCUUGGGCCUCGCUCAAGUUGUUCCCAGGCUACCAGCCAGGGGUAGAGAUCUGUUAGCCCGGCUGUUAACAUGUAACCCAGCGUUAAGAAUGCCUGCUGAUGAUGCCAUGGCUCAUGCUUACUUCCAUGACCUCAAUCCAUCUGUAAAGAACGACAGAUGUUAACAAUCAAUACACCCGUACAAAUGUACAUCAGAACUAUUAUUUAGUGAUAAAGACAAUGAAGUGCAAGAGAAUUGUGAUGGAGAAAAUUAAGUGAUGUGUAUAUUUUAGAAAGUGUAAAUUAUUAAUUUAUUGAAUAGUUGUUUAAUAGGAAUGAUGCAAUUAUUAGUGUAGAGUUUGCAUAUUCUUAAGUUCAGUUUCAUAAGCCAAAGUAAUAUGAGCCAUCAUGGUGUACUGCUGUGGAGGGUACAUAAUAAUUGCAUAAUUAUAAAAAUUGUAAUUGUUUGAUAUUAUAAUAUAGUUAACUGUAAAUUAAAUAAUUUCUUAUAUUUCUAAUACUAACAUUGUAGUGAUUCUUUGUCAUUUGUUUAGCUUCUUAAUAUGACAUUCUUUUACAAAAGUAAUAACAAAGCUUUGUAUGCAUAGUAAAUUUCUUAACAAAAUAUAAUAAAAACCAGAGUUGAUAAAUAGACUGGAAAUUAGGAAUACUGAUUUAGAACCUACUAUUGACUUGAAGCUGAGAAAGUAGACCUGCGUGGAAACAUUUACUUAACCAGACCCAGGCCCACCUACAGCUGUAGUGCCUCAGAUGAUGAUGAUUGACUUAAAUUGCGACCAGAUCACCGAUAGAUAUAUGCAACAGCUGCAUCCUUGUGGUCAAAAAAGACCAGCAUAAAAUCUCAUAUCAUUCUCUUUGAUUUCAAUGUUAUAGGUCAAAUUCUUUACACUACUUAUAAAUUUAAAGUUCAAUAAUUCAAGAAAUAGCUGCCAUUUUUUAUCUUUUGACUUUAUAGUGAAGUCAAUUGAUAAGUCUUACUUAAUAAAAAUCUUAAUAUAAUAGCUAUUUGCUCAUAGUUGUGAUCUCAUUACAUUUUAUAAACUUUUAUAUUGAAUACAUUUCAAUUCAUGA